AUGUCAUUCUUCGCCCGCGUAACCUCCAGACCACCGACAGCGGGCACAACGAACGCAAUCAUCAUGGGCCGGAAGACGUACGAGUCUGUACCGGCGUCCCUCCGUCCGCUCGGCAAGCGGAUUAGCGUUGUUAUUACGCGGGAUCGGACAGGCGCUGUGAAGGAGGGUAUUUUGAGAGAACUUGAGGGAGAAAAUGAGCCUCAGACCGAUGCGAUUGUCGAGCCGAGUCUUGAUGCUGCCUUGCAGCGGCUUGAGGGGUACAAGGGGCUGGGCAAGGUGAAGGUUGACGGGGUGAAGGUGCCGUUUGAGUGUGAUACUUUCUUUCCGGUUGAGAGGUUUGAGGAAAAGGAUGGCUGGCGGAAGGCUAGUGCUGAGGAGGUUACGGGCUGGGUUGGGGAGGAGGUUACUGGGGAGUGGAAGUGCGAGGGGGAGGUUGAAGUUCAGAUGGUUGGGUAUGAGAAGGUGCAGUGA